AUUAUAUGUAUAUAACACACGAAACAAAUCCCAAACAUGGCGUCCAUUGCAGUCCUCUAAUCGAAAAUGGCUAACCUAACAGCUUCGUCACUCUCUUCCACUUGUUUCUACAACCCCACUAAACUUAACUCACUUGGUAAUCUGAAUGCCAAACUUCCAUCAUCAAAACCACAAUAUAAACCAAUAACUUCCAUGGUUGGUGCUCCCACAAAAGUAAUACCCUCAAUCAUCGUAGGCGCUGACAUCAGUCUCGGCAAAGCGCUAAAAGAAAUGGGCACAGGCCAGGAUUUGGUGCUGAAUACCGGCGAACCAAUUCCCAUAGAUUUCCCAGGGCCAAUAUUGGUGUGCACCAGGAAUGAUGAUCUAGAUGCUGUCCUUGAGUCUACUCCUCAGUCACGUUGGAGCGAUUUGGUAUUUUUCCAAGAUGGGAUGCUGGAGCCAUGGUUCGAAAGUAAAGGUCUAAUUGACGCGAACCAAGUUUUGCCGUAUUUUGAUGUUUCAAGGCCCGGCGAACCACCUGUGGAUGGUAUAACGGAUGUUACUCCGGAGGGAUUAACUGCAGCUUUUGGCAAAUGGGCUGCUGAUGUGGCUUCUAGGUUACAUGCCGGAGGUCUUACUUGCAAGGUCCUUGAGAAAGAACCCUUUCAGAAGCAAAUGAUGGAGAGACUUUUAUGGAUAUCGGCAGUCAUGCUUACUGGCGCUCUCGUUCCCGGAACCACUGUGGGCGAUGUAGCAUCUGAGGCUCAUCUUUUCGAGUUGGCUUAUCUCAUCCCUGACAUGAUCACCGCAUCACAAGACGAGACAGGUAUAGAAUUUGCUGACACUGGAACUUUUGAUAGAUUUCUCGCUUAUUCUCGAGCAGUUGGCCAUAUCCCAGCAGUAGUGGAGGAUUUCAAAUGGAGAAACGGGUGGUUCUAUUCGAUCACGGAAAAGGCACUCGCCCAAGGGAAGGAAGACCCGAUGCCUUUGCACACAAAAUUUCUAAAAGCAUUAAAUUUAAUUUAGUAAAUUGCGUGUACCCAACAGCUAGUUAUUAUAUGUAAUAAUCGUACAUUUGACGCUUCUAUUCAUGAAUCUAAGAUUUUCUAAUUUUUAGUAUAA